UUCUUAGACAUCUCUGCCUCAUCGACUCGGUCGGUGAACAACAGCACAAUGUCGAAGAGAGCCGCGUCCCCAUCAAGAGCAAGUGGCAAGGCGCCGAGUUCGCCUGAGCCUAGCUCAAGCGCCGGCGGCGGGCCGUCCAAGCGCGUGGCUUCAGGUAAGGCCAAACAGCCAGAAGAAGCAGGCGCAGACACAGCGCCCGAGGGCAUGGGCGAGUUUGAAGAUGCAUUCGAAGAUGAGAUCGAAGACGAAGAGUAUGACGACGACGGAGAGGCAGUUGCUGACGACGAGGAGAUGAGCGUCGACGGUGAGAUCGAGCGACUUGACGACGACGACCUAGAAACAGAGAAGACUCGCGUCUAUCUUCCAUCAGCGCAUGCAGAAGGCGAGAAGGUCGAGUUGGAGCCGGAUCAAACGGCAUAUGAAAUGCUCCAUCGUCUUAACGUCACAUGGCCCUGUCUAUCGUUCGACAUUCUUCGGGACGGACUAGGAGUUGAGCGAGGAACCGGCUCUGGCAGCAGCGGCUUUCCACACACCGCCUACUUUGUCGCAGGCACCCAGGCAGAUCAACCGAAGAACAACGAGGUGCUCGUUAUGAAGGCAAGCAGCAUGUAUCGGACCAGCAAGGAUGGAGAUCUUUCUGAUGACGAGAAUGACGACGAAGAUGACGAUCUCGAUGAAGAUGCCGUCCUUGAAUAUCGCUCAAUACCCAUCCUCGGAGGUGUCAACCGGGUACGAGCAGCGCCAGUCUCCUCACCGACCUCCGCUGUAUCAUCAGAGCAGGUUCUCGAUCCCUACCCGAUAGCAGUAUGGAGCGAGCUGGGCAAGGUACACAUUUACGACAUAAGGCCACUAUUCAGCAGUCUGGACCGUGCCGGAACGGUCGACAAAAAGACUGUCAGCACUCCGCUCCACACUGUCGACGCGCAUGCAGGAGUGGAAGGCUAUGCGCUUGACUGGGCAGGCAGCACACCUGCGUCUCUGCAAACGACCGGCGCAAAGUCAUCGACCCUUCGGUUGUUGAGCGGCGACGUGCACUCCAAAAUCUAUCUCACCACCACCUCAAAUAGUGGCUAUGUGACACAUCCCUCAGCAUUUAUUUCGCAUACUUCCAGCGUCGAAGACCUGCAAUGGAGCCCGACAGAACAGACCGUUUUUGCAUCAUGCUCGGCAGACCAGAGCAUCCGCAUUUGGGAUGUGCGUGUUAAGAGUCGCAAGUCGGUCUUGAGCGUCGAGCGCGCGCACGACAUGGACGUCAAUGUCAUUGCGUGGAACAAGAAGACCGAAUACCUCUUACUCUCCGGCGGCGAUGAGGGAGGUCUUAAAGUAUGGGACAUGCGCACGUUCAAGUCCGGCACGGGCACAGCAGGCAAAGCAGCGAAGCCCGAUCCUGUCGCCGCGUUCCAGUGGCACACUGCACCGAUCUCAUCCGUCGAAUGGCACCCGUCUGAAGAAUCCGUAUUUGCAGCAAGUGGUCGCGACGAUCAGGUGACGCUAUGGGACUUGUCUGUCGAAGCCGAUGACGAGGAGACCGGGCUAGGCGGCAACAGCGCAGAAAUGAAGGGUCCAGACGGGAAGGAAGUUCCCAACCAGUUGCUUUUCUGUCACCAUGGCGCCAGCGAGAUCAAGGAAGUCCAUUGGCACCCUCAGAUUCCUGGUAUGCUCAUCAGCACUAGUGCCGACGGCUUCCACCUCUUCAAAACCAUCUCCGUCUGAGCUGCUCCCAUUCAUCUUUUGCUUGCAUAUCAUUGUUUCAACAUUGCAACUGUAUCAUACAUACCCUUCCCUUGCAGCAGGUCGUAC